UAAAAUAACAACAAAUUUUAUGUGCGAGAACCAACAAAAGGCGAAGAUGUCUGAAGGAACAAACUCAAACCCAACAAUUAAAAUUGAACCAAUCGAAUAUCCUCAAGUUAAACAAGAAUUUGAUUAUUGUCCACAAGUCAAACAAGAAUUGGAUUAUUAUGAUAUAUCAGAAGAAUGUCUGGAAAACGAAGAAAUAUCUCUUCAGCGAUUUUUAAAAUCAGAGGUAACUAUUGAUGAAGAAAUAAAACAAGAAGCGAUUGAAAACCACGAUGAAAAACCUUAUAUAUGUAAUGAAGAAAUCGGUUUUACAAGUAAUUUAGUAAAUAAUAUGAGCGAAUCAUCUGAAACAGUUUCAGGAAAACUUGAAACAACCGAUAUCUUGAAACCCCAUAAUGUAUACAUAAGAGAAAAAUUUUUAAACCAAGAUAAAAUGAUUCACUUUCUAGAAAGUCCUCAUAAGUGCGAAAUAUGCAAUAAGAGAUUUACAAAGUUAUGGAGAUUAGAAAAACAUAUAUCAACUCACACUGAACCCGGUUCUUAUAGUUGUGAAAUAUUCAUCAAAUUUAACAAACAUUUAUCAACUCAUACUGGAGAACUUCCUUACAAAUGUGAGACAUGCAAUAAAACAUUCAAAUUAAAACAAGGAUUAAUCCGUCAUAAGAUAUUCCAUUCCAGAGAACGCCCUCAUAAUUGUGAGACAUGCAACAAAACAUUUAAAACAGAACAAGCAUUGAAUCAGCAUGCAACAAUUCAUGGCGGAGAAUGCAAUAAAAGAUUUUCAAGAUGUGAGGCAUGCGGCAAGAUAUUGGCAUCAAAUUAUAGAUUAAAACAACAUAGAAGAAUUCAUACCGGAGAACGUCCUUACAGUUGUAAAAUAUGCAAUAAAACAUUUAUUACAAUAGAAGCUUUGAACUACCAUGAAAUAAUCCGUACUGGAGAAGGUCCUUAUAAUUGUAAGACAUGCAACAAAAUAUUUAAAAGCAAACAAUGCUUAAAAUAUCACGAAAUGCUACAUAUUGGAAAAUGUACUUAUAUGUGCGAUACAUGCAAUAAAAUAUUUGUAACAAAACAUCAAUUAAACCAACAUAAAGUGAUUCACACUGGAGAACGUCCAUAUAAAUGUGGAAUAUGCAAUAAAACAUUUAAUGGAAAGGAUUCAUUAAAGUGGCAUGAAAGAAAUCAUACUAAAGAACGUUCUUAUAAUUGUGAAAUAUGCAAUGAAACAUUUAGAACAAUGCAAGAAUUAAGUCAACAUGAAGUGAUUCAUACUGGAGAAAGUUAUUAUAAUUGUGAGAUAUGCAACGAAACAUUUAUAACAAAACUAGCAUUAGACCUGCAUAAAAAAUUUUACCCUGAAGAACGCCUUAUGAAGGUGAAAGAUUUAAUAAAUAUUUUGCACAACUACUGUUCAUGA